UUUUAGAUUAUGUUUCGUGUACAGCAAGCCCCAGCCGGUCCACUCCCACUUAAUACACGAUUUGCCAUAGUGAAUUCCAUCUACAACAAUCCAUUUCAUUGGUCUGUCUUCAAGGGUCUGAUUGGAUUUGUCGCCGGUGUUGUGAUUGCUCGAACUGUCAGUGAAGAAUGGGCGAGUUCUCUUUAGUUGCCAGAAGAAGAAGAAGAAUGGAUGUGUAAUAAUUGAUAUAUGAUUCGGUUGGGUGUGUGUAUCCGAAAGUAGUUGACUAGGCGUCGUUGAUAAUAAUGUUGUUGUGUUUCCGAGCAAUAAAAUGUCUGUCGAU